AUGUCUUCCGUUUCCUUUCGCACGCAAGUCCGAUCUCAUACCUUCAGCCAUACCAGGAGCAUGAGUGGGAACGGCUCCUUACGGUCGGGCGAGCGCACAGCUCUACUGGGUCGAUCGCGUAGCUCGUAUUCGGGCUUGACCGCUCAUGAGCACGAUGAGGAUACGCAGGGGGGCCAUCACCAUCCCAAGGACAGCCGGAUCUGGAUCCGUUGGCCGCAGGAGCUGGUGCGAUUGACUUGGUCGACGUUGGUGCGCGACUACGUCAAUGUGCUUCUCGUCUUUGUGCCCUUGGGCAUCGUCGCGGGCGCCCUACACUGGGAUUCGACGGCGAUCUUUAUUCUGAACUUCUUUGCCAUUGUGCCGCUUGCGUCUCUGCUGAGCUUUGCGACGGAGGAGCUGGCUGCGGUCAUGGGCCAGGCAUUGGGUGGCUUGAUGAAUGCCACUUUUGGCAAUGCGGUGGAGCUGAUUGUCAGCAUAAUCGCCUUGCGAGGGAACCAGAUCCGUGUCGUCCAGGCCAGUAUGCUGGGCAGCAUCCUGUCGAACAUUCUGCUCGUCUUGGGCUGCUGCUUCUUUGUCGGUGGUCUCCGGUACCCUGAACAAACGUUCAACAGCACCGUGGCUUCGACCAUGUCCUCCCUGAUGGCGGUUGCAUCGGCCUCCCUGAUCAUCCCGGCCACUUUGUACGCCGCCUUAUCCGGCUCCUCGGCGAGCCGCGAGGACAACAUUCUCUUCUUGUCGCAUGGCACAUCGAUCAUUCUUCUCAUCAUCUACGUCAUGUACCUUUAUUUCCAGCUGCGAUCUCAUGCCGAGCUUUUUGAAGAGACGCCCAGCAAUGCCGCAGAAGAAGGCGCUGCUGAAGCGGAGGAAGAAGAGGAACGCGUGCUCACUCCCCUCGCUGCCACUGUCGUACUAAUUGUUGUCACCGUCUUGGUGGCUGUUUGCGCCGACUAUCUGGUGGGCAGCAUCGAUCCGAUCGUGGCAAAGACUGGCAUUAGCAAGACCUUCAUCGGUCUGGUGCUGAUCCCCAUCGUCGGCAAUGCGGCAGAGCACGUUACGGCCGUCGUGGUUGCGUACAAGGACAAGAUGGAUCUUGCUAUUGGCGUCGCUAUUGGCAGCAGCUUGCAAAUCGCGCUUUUCGUCACCCCCUUCCUCGUCAUUCUGGGCUGGAUCAUGAAGGUCGACAUGACCCUACGCUUCGAGGUCUUUGAAACCGUCGCAUUCUUUAUCUCCGGUCUUGUCGUCACCCUCCUCAUCCAGGACGGCAAGUCUAACUACCUCGAGGGCGGCAUGUGUCUAGGCAUGUACAUCAUUCUUGCCCUGGCCUUCUUCGUCUACCCUGACGAUGCCUCCAACGCCCCCGGCAUUCUCGCCAGACUCAUCAACUAA